AUGAAACAAUUAGAAGAAGUCUUGCGUCAAGCACGCGAACUUAUUGAUAAGGGCAAAGCCCUGGCAUGCACUGACAACGAUGAAGGUGAGAUCUUGCGCCAGGCACUCAAGACUGCUGAAAAGGGGAAAGCUCCAGCCCACGAUGACACUGGGGGAAGUAGGAAGAAAACUCCAGGCAAGGCGAGUUGGAAGCCACUACCUGCUCAGCCUCUUUCCCUUAAGAAGGGUGCUACGACCUCCGAUGCAGGAACGCCCUGCAAGGAUGUGGUGAAAAUCCGACUUCUCGGUGGUCGUGUUCAGCUCGGGGCAGAGGGAAAAAGAAAGUGGAACGAGGGAACUAGUGGAAACCCUGGAAAUGGAAAUGGGAAGAAACCAUGGGUUGCUAACAAAAAUCAGAAUCAGCGUCAGAACCAUCAGCCGCAAGCAAUGGGGCGACCACUUUGCCCAAAGUGUCAGCGACCUCAUUCAGGGGAAUGCCUGAAAGGAAUGAAUAUCUGCUAUAGUUGUGGAGAAACUGGGCACUAUGCUUCAGCAUGUCCAAAGAAGAACGGAGGAGCACCUCAACAGCAAAACCCCGGGAAUCAGCAGCGACAAAAUCAGGGUCCUGGAGGACAUCGUGGACAGCCACAGAAUGCUAGGGCCUAUGCCCUUAACCAAAACCAAGCAGCAGGAAACCAAGGAAAUCUGGCAGGUAUGAUUAAUGUUUUCGACGUGCCGAUUAUAGCUUUGUUUGAUACUGGAGCGUCCCACUCUUUCAUUUCACAUGCUGCUUGUAAGAGAUUAGAACUGACUCCACAAUUGGCUGAGACAACAUUAGAGGUUAGCACCCCUGGUGGUGGAAGAUUGGCUGCUAAGGACAUUAUCUCGAACUCAGAGCUGAACAUAGGCGCUGAAACGUUUAAGGCAGAUUUGUAUGUCAUCGCUAUGAUAGAAUUCGAUAUAAUCCUAGGGAUGGACUCGCUUACUCAAGUCGGUGCCACGAUACUGUGUAGCGAGAGAAAGAUCUCUUUCCAAUCCGCUGGAAAAGAUAAGGCAAGUUUUCAUGGCAUAAGAAUGGGAGGAAGAGUACCAGUGAUUUCGGCGAUGAAGGCCACAAAGAUAAUGAGGAAGGGAGAAUGUCAGGCUUUCCUAGUCAGUUUGACAGGAGAACGUGAAGUAGAGAAAACGAUCGAAGAGGUUCCAGUGGUGCGAGAUUUCAAAGAUGUUUUUCCCGAAGAAUUGCCCGGUAUGCCACCAAACAGACAACUAGAAUUCACGAUUGAUCUAGAACCCGGGGCAGCGCCAGUGUCAAAGGCACCAUACAUAAUGGCCCCGCCAGAGUUACAAGAAUUGAAAGUGCAACUACAAGAACUGUUGGAUCUAGGUUUCAUACAGCCUAGCGUGUCACCGUGGGGAGCACCGGUCUUAUUCGUCAAGAAGAAAGAUGUAUCUCGAUAG